GCGGUGAGGAGGGCAGCCGGAGCCCCCCUCGCUCGCCCGCUCGCCCGCCCGCCCGCCAUGGGGAACGCGGCCGGCUCCCUGCGCCUCUGCUCGCGGGGCUCGGGCCCGGACGAGAGCGCCCCGGACGCCAGCGCCACAGAUGGCUGCCCCAUUGAGCCCCCCAAAUACUCCCGGAUCAAGAACUGGGUGACAGGCUGCGUCACCUACGACACCCUCAGUGCUCAAAGCACACCGGCCACUCAAUGCAGUGAGAAGCGCUGCCUGUGCAGCCUCAUGUUACCAAAGGGGAUGAUCCGCGGGGCUGCAGAGAGUGCCAGGCCCAAGGAAGAGCUGCUGCCGCAGGCCAGGGACUUCCUCAACCAGUACUACGGCUCCAUCAAACGCUUGGAGUCCAAGGCCCACGUCCAGCGGCUGCAGGAGGUGGAGAAGGCGAUCACAGAGACGGGCACCUACCAGCUGCUGGAGGCAGAGCUCAUUUUCGGGGCCAAGCAUGCCUGGCGCAACGCGGCCCGCUGUGUGGGCCGAAUCCAGUGGAGCAAGUUGCAGCUGUUUGAUGCACGAGACUGCACAAGUGCCCAGGAUAUGUUCACGUCUUUAUGUACGCACAUCCAUUAUGCAACCAACCGUGGCAACCUCCGGUCGACCAUCACCAUCUUCCCACAGCGGACUGCGGGCCGUGGCGACUUCCGGAUCUGGAACAGCCAGUUGAUUCGCUAUGCGGGCUACCCACAGCCGGAUGGCUCGGUGCUGGGUGACCCGGCCAAUGUGGGCCUCACAGAGCUCUGUCUCCAGUAUGGCUGGACACCCCCCCGCACCCGCUUCGACGUCCUCCCGCUGCUCCUGCAAGCCCCCGACGAAGACCCUGAGCUCUUUCCUCUGCCCCCCGAACUGGUGCUGGAGGUCCCGAUCAGCCACCCCUCGCUGGAGUGGUUCGAGAAGCUGGGGCUCCGCUGGUACGCGCUGCCGGCCGUCUCCAACAUGCUGCUGGAAGUGGGGGGGCUGGAGUUCCCGGCAGCCCCCUUCAACGGCUGGUACAUGAGCAGUGAGAUCGGCAUGAGGAACUUCUGCGACCCCCAACGCUACAACAUCCUGCAGGAGGUGGCGCAGCGUCUGGGGCUGGACACGCGGACAACCUUAUCCCUCUGGAAGGACAAGGCUGCUGUGGAAAUAAAUUUGGCUGUACUGCACAGUUUCCAGCUGGCCAAGGUGACCAUUGUGGACCACCACGCCGCAACCGAGUCCUUCAUGAAGCACCUGGAGAACGAGCAGCGCAUGCGAGGGGGGUGCCCGGCCGAUUGGAUCUGGCUGGUGCCCCCCAUCUCUGGCAGCCUCACGCCUGUCUUCCACCAAGAGAUGGUGAAUUACCAACUGUCCCCUGGCUUCUGGUACCAGCCAGACGCUUGGAGAGUCUACGUCCCCAAAGGAACCACCAUCACCCGCAAGAAGACCUUCAAGGAGAUAGCCAAUGCGGUCAAGAUCACAGCUAAGCUGAUGGGUGACGUGAUGGCCCGCCGUGUCAAGGCCACCAUCCUGUAUGCCACAGAGACGGGCAAAUCCCGCGCCUACGCCCAGAGCCUGGAGCAGCUCUUCAAGUUUGCUUUUGAUCCCAAGGUGCUGUGCAUGGAGGAAUAUGAUGUGGUUUCCCUGGAGCAUGAGACACUCGUCCUCGUGGUGACCAGCACCUUUGGAAACGGGGACCCCCCAGAGAACGGAGAGAACUUUGCCAAAGCCUUGAUGGAGAUGACCUGUCCCUUUCUGGGCAGCCCCGAGCCAGAGCAGUUCAAGAGCUACAAGAUGCGCUUCAACAGCAUCUCUCAGACUGACCAGUUGGUGGCUGCUUGGCGGAGGAAGCGCAGAAAGUCCAGCAACACAGACAGUGCGGGGUCCCUGGGCACCCUUCGGUUCUCCGUCUUUGGACUUGGCUCUCGUGCCUACCCACACUUCUGUGCCUUUGCCCACGCCGUGGACACCCGCCUGGAGGAGCUGGGGGGCGAGCGGAUCCUGCCCAUGGGCGAGGGGGACGAGCUCUGUGCCCAGGAGGAAUCCUUCCGCACCUGGGCCAAGAACGUCUUCAAGGCUGCCUGCGAGACCUUUUGUGCCGGGGACAACGCUGAGGCGGCCGCCAAGGAGGUCUUCACCACCCGCUGCAGCUGGAUUCGCAGCCAGUACCGCUUGUCUGUCCACGCAAGCCCCCCAGACCUGCUUUCAGGUUUGUCACACGUCCACAAGCGCAAAGUGGUUCCAUGUCGGCUGCUGUCCGUCCGGAAUCUGCAGAGCCCGGAAUCCAGCCGAUCCACCAUUCUUGUCAAGUUGCUCACGGGGGACCAGCCGGAGCUGCAGUACCAGCCGGGCGACCACGUGGGCAUCUUCCCUGCCAAUCGCACGGAGCUGGUCGAGGGGCUCUUGGAGCGCGUUGAGGAUCCGCCCCCUGCCAGAGAAACUAUUGCCGUGGAGACCUUGGAGGUGGAAUCCGACGGUCCAAGGCGCUCAUGGGUCCCCGAAGGCCGCUUGCCCCCCUGCACGCUGCAGCAGGCGCUCACCUUCUUCCUGGACAUCACGACCCCGCCCAGCCCCCAGCUGCUGCAGAUUCUAGCCACCCUGGCCGAAGACCCUCCCGAGCGGAAGCAGCUGCAGCAGCUCAGCCAGGAUUCCCGUCUCUACGAGGAGUGGAAAUGGUUCCGAUGCCCCACAAUGGUGGAGCUGCUGGAGGACUUCCCCUCGGUCGCCCUGCCGGCUUCGCUGCUCCUGACCCAGCUGCCUCUGCUACAGCCGCGCUAUUACUCCAUCAGCUCUGCGCCGGCUGCCCACCCAGGGCAGAUCCACCUCACGGUCGCAGUGCUCAACUACCGCAGCAAAGAUGGGAAGGGUCCCCUGCACCAUGGAGUCUGCUCUACGUGGCUUUCACAGCUGGCACCUUGGGAGAUAGUGCCAACCUUUGUCCGUGGGGCUCCCAACUUCCGCCUGCCCGAAGACCCGUCGGCCCCCUGCAUAUUGGUGGGGCCUGGCACAGGCAUCGCCCCCUUCCGAAGCUUCUGGCAGCACCAGCUGUACAUCUUGGAGUCUCAAGGCGUCCUGCUGAGCGAGAUGACUGUGGUGUUUGGCUGCCGCUGCUCCCACCAUGACCAGAUCUACAAGGAAGAGCUCCAGGAGGCGCAGCAGAAGGGGGCCAUCAGCCGAGUCCUCACGGCCUUCUCCCGAGAUCCAGAUCACCCCAAGACCUAUGUACAGGAUUUGCUGAGGACGCAGCUGGCAGGUGAGGUCUGGGAGGUGCUCUGCCAGCGAGGCGGCCACAUGUACAUCUGUGGCGACGUCACCAUGGCCACGGGGGUCCUGCAAACUGUCCAGCAGAUCUUGGCCCAGAAAGGAAACAUGACGCUGAUCGAGGCUGGCGACAACAUCAGUGAGCUCCGGGACCACAACCACUACCACGAGGACAUCUUUGGCUUGACGUUCCGCACCCAGGAGGUGGCCUCACGUAUUCGCAGCCAGUCCUUCUCUAAGCAGGUGCAGAAAUUGGGGCAAGGCCCUGAUCCAUAGCUUCUUCUCUUCCCACUCUCCCUGCGCCUCAAUAAAGCCUUUUGCAUUUCAGCAGAA